AUGGCUCCAAGCGUCCUUCGAUUCGCGCGCUUCGGCUUCAAGACGUCGAAAACGUUUCCCGUCCACCAGAAAGCGCAGCCCAUAAACGAGAACGCAGGACCACAAAAAGCAGAAAAGAAAAACCCAAAUAACACCACGAAGGCUUACAGACUGAAAGAUCUCCUCAGGAAAUCUAAGACUUCGCCUACUAGCGCGCGUUCCGAGGACGAUGUAGAAGUAGAAGUAGACGAGCAGACCGAGACCAUUGAUGAAGAGCCACCAGAACCUCGCCAUGGAAUAGCCACUGAAGCACCCCCAUCUAUCUUUUCCUCGCAAGAAACAAUCUCCGAAAUCCCCCACCUCAGAACCCUCGACACCACGACCCCACGCACCUCGCUCCUUCCCACCCCCAACGCCUCCGAAACCGACACUCUGACCCUCGCCCACCUCCGCGAGCAAAGCGAGCGCAUCUCCCACGCCGAACUGACUCUCCACCAAGCCGAAUACAGGUUCGCAAGAGAAGGAAUACGCGAAGUGCAGCGAAACAAGGCGAUGCUGCACAUCCCCAACCCAUUUACACCGUCGAAAUGCGUGGUUAACCCCGAGGACGACGCACUGUUAGCUAUAUGCAGGCUGGAGAAGGAACUGCGCGACGAGCUACGCCGCGCGAGGUGGGAUGCACAGCUCCGCAGGCAGGUCGUGGUUCGCAUUCCUAUCAAUCUGUCUUCACUAGAGUCCGGGCCGUUGGAGUGGGUCGAGCGGGCGAAAUAUCAGUUCGAGCCGGAUGAGGAAGACGACGCAAUGGAAGGGCAGAUUGAAGGGGGUUUGGAAGCGUUGUGGGGUGCGGUGGGUGGGUUGAAGGGACUGGCGGGGGAGAUUGGGAGGGAGGUUGGGAUGCAGAAUGAGAGGUUGGAUGGGUUGGGGGAGAGGGUUGAUAGGGUGGGUGACGGGAUUGUGGGGAGUAGGUGGAGGUUGCGGGAGGGUGGGAGAUGA